AUGAACCGUUCAGUAGAAUCGCAAGUGAAGCUGCCGCGCCCGCGAAUAAAUAACAUUCAGGAUCUCAUGGCCGCAUAUUCUGAAAGAUUUGAUUCGAUUGGCUGUAUGCAAGGAGAGGUCAAACUCGAAGUUGACCCGAACAUUGCGCCGCAUAUAGAUCGUCCGAGGAAAGUUCCGAUCGCACUAAAGGACAAAAUCAUGAAGCUGCAGGGCUACAACAUGAACAUCGAGUAUAGGCCAGGCAAGGAAUUAGUGCUAGCUGACACACUGUCACGUCUUCCGUGCCAAGCCAACUACGAAAUGGAGGAAUUGGACGUACGUGUUGAUCUCGUGCAAUUCUCAACGGAGAAAGUUGCACAAAUACGCGACGCGACAUCACAGGAUGCGACAUUGCAGAAGCUCUCCCAGGUCAUUGCCGCAGGAUGGCCUGAGAAUGCGAAAGAACUUGACCCCUCCAUCAGAGUAUUUUGGAGCAUGCGGGAUGAAUUGUCGCUGGAGAGUGGAAUCGUGCUCAAAGGUACGUGUGCUGUCAUACCUGCCAGUCUGCAGUCGGAGAUACUGGAGAAGCUGCACUAUGCCCACAUGGGUAUAGAGAAGACGAGAUUGCUGGCCAGGAACACGGUCUACUGUUACAACGUAAACAAGGAUAUCGAACGUGUCGUAAAAGGGUGUGCUACAUGCCAACAGCACAUGCCUGCCCAACAGCCGGAGGCACUGAAACCACAUGAAAUUCCGAACCGAGCUUGGGACGUGGUAGGAACUGACUUGUUUCAAGCAAAAGGGAGUGAUUGGCUUAUAGUAACUGAUUACUAUAGCAAAUACCUAGUAGUUCGUAAACUACCAAAGCCAUGUCCAAGCAUCACCGCUAUCGCGUGUAUUAAGCAGAUAUUCGCAGAGUUUGGAGUACCGAGCAGAGUCGUAGAUGACAAUGGUCCUCAUUACGACAGCCAUGUCUAUCGAAACUUCGCCAAAGAGUGGGGAUUUGAGAUUCACACUAGUUCGCCAAGGUAUCCGAAAUCUAAUGGUUUCAUUGAGAGCCAGGUUGACAUUGCGAAAAGGCUCAUUACGAAAGCAGUCUAG